CUCUCUCUCUCUCUAUAAGGCUAUGUAAGAAACCUUCCACCAUUCACUCCACUCCAUUGCAUUACAGUUACUGACGAAUUCAUUGAAGAAGAAUGGAAGCAGGAAGAGGUGCACCACCACCUAAACAGGAAGAGCUUCAGCCACAUCCUGUUAAGGAUCAACUGCCAAAUAUUUCAUAUUGCAUCACAAGUCCUCCUCCUUGGCCGGAGGCGAUAAUACUCGGUUUCCAACAUUACUUGGUGAUGCUUGGCACGACUGUUCUGAUACCAAUCUCUCUAGUUCCUCUAAUGGGAGGAGGAAAUGAAGAAAAAGCAAAGAUGAUUCAGACUCUUCUGUUUGUGGCUGGCAUAAACACAUUAACUCAGACAUUGUUCGGGACUCGUCUGCCUGCGGUUAUAGGAGGAUCCUAUACCUUUGUGCCAGCUACCAUUUCAAUUGUCUUGGCCGGUCGCUACAAUCACAUUGUGAAUCCUCAGGAGAAAUUUGAGAGGAUAAUGCGUGGAACGCAAGGUGCACUUAUUGUUGCUUCCACCCUCCAAAUUAUUGUUGGAUUCAGUGGACUUUGGCGCAAUGUAGUGAGGUUCAUAAGCCCUCUCUCUGCUGUUCCAUUGGUUGCUCUGUCAGGCUUCGGACUUUAUGAGUUUGGGUUUCCUGUGGUUGCACAAUGUGUGGAAAUUGGCCUGCCAGAAAUUGUAAUCCUAUUAGUAUUUUCACAGUACAUUCCUCAUGUGAUGAAAGGAGAAAGGCAUAUAUUUGAUCGCUUUGCAGUUAUAUUCUCUGUCGCAAUCGUGUGGAUUUAUGCUCAUAUUCUCACCACUGGUGGAGCUUAUAAAAACACAGAUAGUACAACUCAGGAUACUUGCAGAACUGACCGUGCUGGAAUCAUAAGUGGUGCACCUUGGAUUAGAGUUCCAUUUCCUUUUCAAUGGGGAGCUCCUACCUUUGAUGCUGGAGAAGCUUUUGCUAUGAUGGCUGCUUCAUUUGUUGCACUAGUAGAGUCAACUGGUGGUUUUAUUGCUGUUUCAAGGUAUGCAGGUGCAACUCCGUUGCCACCUUCAGUAUUUAGCCGUGGCAUCGGUUGGCAGGGGGUAGGAAUUCUAUUUUCCGGGAUCUUCGGGACAGGGAAUGGAUCAUCAGUUUCCAUAGAAAAUGCUGGACUAUUAGCUUUGACGAAAGUUGGUAGCCGAAGAGUUGUUCAAAUAUCAGCUCUAUUCAUGAUCUUUUUCUCCAUUCUUGGAAAGUUUGGAGCUGUGUUUGCUUCCAUUCCAAUACCAAUAUUUGCGGCAAUAUAUUGUGUUUUCUUUGCCUGUGUCGGUUCUGCAGGCCUCAGCUUCGUUCAGUUUUGCAAUCUAAACAGCUUUAGAACCAAAUUCAUCAUAGGAUUCUCUAUUUUCAUGGGAUUCUCUAUACCACAAUACUUCAAGGAGUACACAGCAAUUAAGCACCAUGGUCCUGUGCACACUCAUGCUACAUGGUUCAACAACAUGAUCAAUGUCCCUUUCUCAUCAGAAGCAUUUGUAGCUGGUAUAUUGGCAAUGUUAUUGGAUGCCAGUUUGCACAAUAGUGACAGCAAAAUUCGUAAAGACAGAGGCAUGCAUUGGUGGGACAAAUUCAGUUCAUUCAAGACAGAUACAAGGAGUGGGGAGUUUUACUCUCUACCCUUUAAUCUGAACAAGUUUUUCCCUUCUGUGUGAUUAUGGAUUGGGUUUGGACUAUUUUAUAUCAAAGUUAGGGGUAUGAAGUCAUAGGAUAUUUACCCUAUAAUGUCUCAUUGUGGGUGCUAAAUGAUGUUUAUGAUGACUUGGUAACCGUCAAUAUAUUUAUUCUUAAUUAGAAAUGAA